UCAAUAUUUGCUUAACGAUCAAAUAGUUGUGUUUAAAUAAUGUCAAUACUUUUAUUUUUAAUAUUUACUCUAGCCGAAUCUUAUUAUCUUGAUCCAAAAUUAAAUAUGAAGAGAAAACGAGAGGCUGAGUUAUUUUGUCCCCAAGAAACCAUCACAUGUGUUUUACCCCUGAAAUAUUCAGAUACAGAACGUUUCAAGUGUGAUGACUUGUGCCCUUUUGGGUAUAAAUGUUGUCCAGACUCUUGCUUCCAACAUAAAAUUUGCAAAAAAGGUGACUCCAGUUUGGGGUCUUGCCCUGUUGAGAAAAAUCCUUGUUUUAUGCCUCUUGCUUGUGAAGAAACUGAAGAAUUUUUGUGUUUAGGGGACAAUGACUGUCCCUCAGGAUACACCUGUUGCGAGGAUAGUUGUUUCAUGCAUAAGAUUUGUAAAGAGGUUUCAACUACUGUUGAAAUUACAACACCAUUUGCAACAACAACGCAAGAAGGAACAUCUCCAACUUUUACAACAACAGAAAAAGAAGAUACAACACCUCCAAUUUCUACAGUAACAGAAACAGAAGAAGAAACAUCUCCAAUUUUGAUAACAACAGAAAUAGAAGGAGAAAAAUCAUCUACAAUUUCAUCAACAACAGAAGAAGAAACAUCUCCAACUUUGACAACAACAGAAACAGAAGACGACAAAUCAUCGACAAUUUCAACAACAAUAGGAGAAGAAGAUGAAACAUCUGAUGUUUCUACAACAACUGAAGAAGAAUACGUUGAAAAUUAUGAUGAAGAAGAAAACUAAAUUUGUUACAUUUGAGCAAAUAAAGUAAACAAACAUUUAUCUUGCAAGUUCAAAUAUUUGAUAUUUUUGAUAAGUAGUGACAUUCAGAAUUAUUGCAAUUUGAAUCAUUAAGUAUAAAUUGUAUUAGGUUGAUGUGAAAUAAAUUGAAAAAAUGUUUUUGUAUUUUUUUCUUUUCAUUUUGACUGUCGACUGUCGAGUUUUGCCAAAUAGUGAUGAAAAUGCACCAAUCAAGAUUGUGAAACGUGCAGUUUCUUGUCCACCUGAAACGUUCACUUGUUUACAGCCAUUGCAAUAUGAAGAUACUAAAUUGUUUUUGUGUAAUAAUGAUUGCCCUGAAGGUUAUAUGUGUUGUGAAGAUUCUUGUUUCCAACACAGAAUAUGUAAAAAAAGUGUUAUUUCUAUCUCUAGUGCUGAAAAUAUUAAACCUGAAAAAAUUGCUAAUAAUAACAAUAGUGAUAUUCAAAAAGAAGAGGCAAACAUUGAAAAUAAUAGCAACAAUAGAAAAAAUGGUAAUGAUAAUAAUUUCGAUAAACGAAAUAGUGAUGAUCUUAGUAGCAUCGGUAAUGAAUGUCCCAAAGAAAAACAUUUGUGUUCUCAACCACUAAAAUACAGUGACACUGUUGUAUUUCUGUGUAAUGAUGAUUGUCCUGAAGGGUACGCUUGCUGCAGUGAUUCUUGUUUUGAACAUAAAAUAUGUAAGGAAACAUCAAUGUCUAAACCUAUAUCUUCAAGUAAAUACCGAUGUACCAACCCUUUUUUUGAUUAUGAUACAAGUAAACAAUUUUUGUGUAAUGAUGACAGUGAAUGUCCUUCAGGCUAUACUUGUUGUAAAGACAGUUGUUUUGAGCAUAAGGUGUGCCAAGCAAAGUGUGAAGAUGAUCAAAUUGAUAUUAACGGUGACAAUAAAGAUCAAAAUAAGAAUGGAAAUGAUAAAGAUGACGACGAUAAUGAUAAUGAUGAAAAUGGAGAAGGAAUGGACAAUAAAGAAAAUGAAGAAGAAACACACAAUGGAAAAGAUGAAGAUCAAGAAGAUAAUAAUAAUGAUGAAGAAAAUGGAGAAGACAUAGACAAUGUAGAAAAUGACGAUAAAAAUGAAGAUCAGGAAAACAAUAAAGAAGAUCAGGAAGAUAACGAUAAUAAUGACGAAAAUGAAGAAAACAUAGACAACGAAAAAAAUAAAGAUGAAAGAAAUGAGAGUCAAGUGGAUAACGAAGAAAAUGAAGAAACAGGCAAUGAAAAUGAUGAAGAUCAGGAAGACUACGAAGAAAAUGAAGAAGAAACAGACAAUAAAUAUGAUGAAGAUCAGGAAGACAACGAAGAAAAUGAAGAAGAAACAGACAAUGGAAAUGAUGAAGAUCAGGAAGACAACGAAGAAAAUGAAGAAGAAACAGACAAUGGGAAAGAUGAAGAUCAAGAGGAUAACGACAACGAUGAAGAAAAUGAAGACCAAGAGAAUAACCAAGAAAAUGAGGAAGAAACAGACAAUGGAAAUAAUGAGGCCGAGGAAGACAACGAAGAAAAUGAAGAAGAAACAGACAAAGAACAUGAUGAAGAUCAGGAAGACAACGAAGAAAAUGAAAAAGAAACAGACAAUGGAAAUGAUGAAGAUCAGGAAGACAACGAAGAAAAUGAAGAAGAAACAGACAAUGGGAAAAAUGAAGAUCAAGAAGAUAACGACAACGAUGAAGAAAAUGAAAAUCAAGAGAAUAAAGAAAAAAAUGAGGAAGAAGCAGACAAUGGAAAUAAUGAAGACCAGGAAGACAACGAAGAAAAUGAAGAAGAAACAGAAAAUGAAUAUGAUGAAGAUCAGGAAGACAACGAAGAAAACGAAGAAGAAGCAGACAAUGAAUAUGAUGAAGAUCAGGAAGACAACGAAGAAGAAACAGACAAUGGGAAGGAUGAAGAUCAAGAGGAUAACGACAACGAUAAAGAAAAUGAAAAUCAAGAGAAUAAAGAAAAAAAUGAGAAAGAAACAGACAAUGGAAAUAAUGAAGACCAGGAAAACAACGAAGAAAACGAAGAAGAAGCAGACAAUGAAUAUGAUGAAGAUCAGGAAGACAACGAAGAAAAUGAGGAAGAAACAGACAAUGAAAAUGAUGAAGAUCAGGAAGACAACGAAGAAAAUGAGGAAGAAACAGACAAUGAAAAUGAUGAAGAUCAGGAAGACAACGAAGAAAAUGAAGAAGAAACCGACAAUGCGAAAGAUGAAGAUCAAGAGGACAACGACAACGAUGAAGAAAAUGAAGAUCAAGAGGAUAACGAAGAAAAUGAGGAAGAAACAGACAAUGGAAAAAAUGAUGAUAAAAGAGAUCAAAAGAGUAACAAAAAAAAUGAGGAAGAAACAGACAAUAAAAAUGAUAAAGAUCAGGUAGACAACGAAGAAAAUGAAGAAGAUGCGGAUCAAGAAGAUAACGAUAAUGAUGAAAAUAAAGAAAACAUAGACAAUGAAAAAAACGACGAUAAAAGAAAUGAGAGUCAAGAGAAUAACGAAGAAAAUGAAGAAGAAACAGACAAUAGAAAUGAUAAAGAUCAGGAAGACAACGAAGAAAAGAAAGGAGAAACAGACAAUGGAAAAGACGAAGAUCAAGAGGAUAACGACAAUGAUGAAGAAAAUGACGAUAAAAAAGAUAAAGAUCAAGUGGAAAAGGAAGAAAAUGAAGAAGUAAUAAACAGUGGAAAAAAUGAAGACCAAGAGGAUAACAAUGAAGAAAAUGAAGAAGACAUAGACGAUGAAGAAGAUGACAAUAAAAAAGAUCAAGAAAAUAACAAAGAAAAUGAGAAAGAAACAGGCAAUGGAAAUGAUAAAGAUCAACAAAACAACGAAGAAAAUGAAGAAGAAACAGACAAAGAAAAAUAUGAAGAUCAAAAGGAAAACGACAACGAUGAAGAAAAUGAAGACCAAGAGGAUAAAGAUAAACAUGAAGAAGAAACAGACAACGGAUAUGAUGAAGACCAGGAAAACAACAAAGAAAAUGAAGAAGAAACAGACAAUGGAAAUCAUAAAAAUCAGGAAGACAACAAAGAAAAUGAAAAAGAAACAGACAAUGGAAAAGAUGAAGAUCAAGAGGAUAACGAAGAAAAUGAAAAAAAAACCGACAACGAAAAUGAUGAAGAUCAGGAAGACAACGAAGAAAAUGAAGAAGAAACAGAUAAUGGAAAAGAUGAAUAUCAAGAGUACAACGACAACGAUGAAGAAAAUGAAGAUCAAGAGGAUAACGAAGAAAAUGAAGAAGAUACAGAUAAUGAAGAAUAUGACUAUGAAGAAGAAGAGGAUCAAAAAGAUAAUGAUGAAGAGGAUACAGAUAGCGAAGACUAUGACUAUCAAGAAGAUAAGGAUCAAGAGAGUAAUGAUACCGAUGAAGAAGACACAGACAAUGAGGAAAAUCGUUAUGAAGAAGACGAAUAUCAAGAAGAUGACAAAAAUAAAGCGAAUAACAAUCCUGAAACCAAUACAAAUAACGAAAACAAAAAUGACGAUGAUAAAGAUGACAAUAACGAGUUUAAAAAAGCUAAUCAAAAUGAAAAUGACAAUGAUGAAAAUAACGACACUACUAAUAAUAAAGAUAAUAAAAAUAGUCAUAAAAGUAAAGAUGGAAUUAAUGAAGGAAACAAAGACAAUCAAGAAAAUAGCGAUGACAAAUAUGACAAUACAAAUAAACGUAACACACUCAAUGAAAACAGUAGCAAUGAUAAAAAUGAGAAAGAUGAUAAAUAAUCUGAUGUUUAUUAAGCUGAAGACGAAAGCAAUAAUAUUGGUAAUUUGGAGCUUAAGAAUUUUGAUGAUUCUUUAGUUGUACAAAAUAAAAUAAUCCGCUUAAAUUUAUUUUAUAUUGUGCUUUUGCUUAACUUAAUAAAUAAAUGUUUUCACGAA